AUGUUUGGCGUUCCGCAUACGGUCGUUUCCGACCGUGGACCUCAAUUCGCAAGUUCUAUUUGGAAAGAGUUGAGCAGAGUGCUUGGUUUUAAAAUUAACAUUACGACAGCCUAUCAUCCACAGGCGAACGGAAAAAUUGAAAGAUUUCACAGGACUUUAAAAAGUGCUUUAAGAUCACGACUUGAAGGCAGAACGAAUUGGUUGAUGGAAUUACCUUGGGUUUUACUCGGAAUCCGGAACCAGCCGAACACGGAUUCGGGAAUCGCACCGUCGGAUUACGUUUUCGGUGGUAAAGUCCGAUUUCCAGGUCAGCCUACGUUUCCCGUUUCACAUCAACCACCAUCGACUUUCCUCGAACGACUCCGAAAUGCAAUGUCCAAUCAGAUCAUAAAAAAACCUGAAUGGCAUUUGGCGGCAGAUUCAAAAUUCAAUAUUCCAUCUGAGCUUAAAACGUGUUCACAUGUACUGAUUAAGGAGGAGAGAAAAUUGGCGAGUUUAAGACAAAAGUACGUCGGUCCUUUUGAAGUAAUCAACAGAAAUGAGAAGACAUUCAAGAUCAAGCUACCAUCAGGAGAAGAUUUCAUUUCAAUUAAUCGUCUUAAACCAUUCUAUCAAUGA